AUGGUCGGAGUGCGAGAUGGCCGCCAAGAACUCGCUUUUCUCAGCGCUAUUGACUUUUUGACCGGCCAAAUACUUAUAAGUCGCUACGUUGUACCAUCAGAGGAAGUAAUUGACUGGAGGUCUAAGUUCAGUGGAAUAACAAAGGAUAUCAUGUCCAGUGCCAUCUGCUCUGGUGCAGCAUUCAGUGGCUGGCGAGAGGCGCGCGAUAAAUUAUGGGAGUUUAUGGACGACUCGACUAUAUUGGUUGGCCAGUCUCUCAAUUAUGAUCUUGAAGUCCUAGGCAUAUGCCAUGCGAAGAUUGUUGACACCGCCAUUCUGACUGCCGAGACCGUCUUCCCUUCCAUUAUCUCCACCACGCCGUUACCUCGUUUGUGGAGUUUGAAGAGCCUCGCGAAGGAUUUUUUGAGCUUGGAGAUACAGAACGGCAAUUGUGGACAUAGCGCUUUAGAAGACGCAUAUGCAGCACGGGACAUCGCCAUCUGGUGUAUCAGAAACCCAGAGGAACUGAAAUUGUGGGCAGAAAAUGCUCGUCGCCGGGAGGACGAGUGUGGACUCAGAAAACGCCUAAACAGGAAUCGCAAGGGUAGAUUCAAGAGCAACGAGCCCGCCUCCCAGUCUAUUCGAGCUUGGGAAUAUGGUGCUAAACAUGACGAUUAUUCUGACGAUAUCCGAUGGUCCGAUCUUGCGGAGGAACUUGGAUGGCCGGAGGAUUAUGAUCCUUGGUCCGAUUAA